UCGCCGCUGCCAGCUAAAUUCUAGCCAGCCUUGCUAGUUCACAUGCCUAGUGUUUUGUCUUUGCCAAUUAUUCAAGCAACACGCUACACUUGGUACACUAUAUAAACCCGCAUUGCCUAUUUCUUCAUCACGAGGAAGUUAAACUUAGGAUAAGUAGAACUGUUCAGACUUUGAAGAGUUUUUCUUGAGAUGGAUUCCAAAAGAUGUUCAUCAACCAUUCUCCUUCUCGCUAUCAACCUUCUCUUCUUCACCCUUGUAAGUGGGUGCAACACUUGUGUUCAGCCUAGACCGAACCCAAACCCUAGACCAACUCCUUCUCCUCCCACGAAAAGCUGCCCUAGAGAUGCUCUGAAGCUAGGGGUUUGUGCCAAGUUGCUGAAUGGAACAAUCGGUGGAGUGGUUGGAAACCCUCCAGAUACUCCCUGCUGCUCGGUGCUAUCAGGGCUUGUCGAUCUCGAAGCGGCUGUGUGCCUUUGCACAGCCAUUAAAGCUAACGUUCUUGGCAUUAACAUUAACAUUCCCAUUUCGUUGAGCUUGCUCAUCAACACUUGUGGGAAGCAGCUACCAUCUGACUUCAUUUGUGCUUAAGCAUUUUCUACAUAAUUUGCAGUAACUCUGCUGCAAUGUUGUGUUUUUGGCCUUUGGUUUUUCCUUUUGGUCCCAGUAACUUUCUCUUGUUCCUAAUUCUAUGAUUGUUCAAAUAACUCUUACUCUGAGAUUCUAUUUCUCAUUGUAAUUCAAGGAUACUCUUUGAAACUGUCAUACAGAGAUAUCUAUGACAUUCUAGCAGUCUUAAUUUUGAUAGCUAUCAAUGAAUUAAUGCUUCUUCCAAC